AUGGAGGACAUUGUGGACGAAAAGAGACAGAUAGCUGUCAACCUGGGCAAAAACGAGGAUGGAAAAUCAACAAUUUAUACCCGUGUGCACAACGACGCAGUCUCAUCAAACAAAGAAACACACGAUGUACAGACCAUGGCCGUUGGAUCUUUGGAGGUCACAGAUGCUGGUUGGCAUACUGAUCAAAUUCAUCCAAAGGACUAUGCCAUUAAUGGUGUAAAGAAUGAGGAUGCUUGGCUUCUCAUACGAAGAUUUAACAAACGAGUGUUCCAUCUCAAGCACACUCCCAACCAUCCAGAGGGCGAGAUGGAUUUUGAAGUUGCAGAACAAGAGCAGUUCUCACCAAAUAAGCUUCGAGCCCAACUCGAAAGACUCUACAUGGGAGCGAUCCUCAGUUUCAUCAUAUCUAGACAGCAUCUCUCACGACUUCAAUCCUGGCGUGAGCCAAGACGAACAGCGGCCUUUUGCGUUACAUACUUUACUGCAUGGUAUCUCAACCUCCUCAUGCCGAUAUUCCUAGCAACACUACUGGCAACUCUCCUCUCCCCAAAAGUUCGAAAUACCUUGUUUCCACCCUGUCCGCCAUCUUUGGUCCACUAUCAAGGCGGCCAUUUGAUAAAACCACCCGCAGGAAUGCUAGGUACCAUUGACACCGCCACGGGAGCUCCGGAGAAUUUAAAAGGAGAAACACUCGAACGAGAAGCCAGCAACUUUGCAACUGGACUUGUGGCACUGUCUGUCAACAUCUUUGUCGAUAAAGAUCCACAGCAUGAUGAAUCUCAAAGAGGAGGUGGAAUGACCGAAAACCUAAAGGAUCCUCGAUCAAUGGCUACCAGGAUAACUACAGCGAAAGACAAAGCUGCUGGAGUCGUAAAUCCUUCAUGGGAUAAGACUAGAUCACCUAUGCAAGAGCUGAUGUGGAGUCAAAUGAGGCCACUCAUGCAUUGGAUUUGUCGGUUUUGUGAUAUUUGGGAACGCAGUGCCAAUUUAAUCGAUCCCACUGCCCCUUUUCCUCGAAAUGUUGCUCGACGACGAAUCAUCCGGACGAUUCUUCCCAUUUUUAUAUUAUCCAUAUUUGUGUCUCCAUACAUGUUCUACAGAAUUGCGACUCUGGGCUUUGGUAUUGCAUUCUUUGGUAGUAUCUCUCUGAGAACCUCGUACAACGGCUUCAAAUCUGCGAUGAACCAAAUCGCUUUCAAAGGGAUACCAACAGACUCCCAACUAACAAUAAACCUUCUUCGACAAGGAGAACACAACAAAACACCACUCUUACCGCCACCCGUGCCCAAAGGCCCACCGCCAGGUGAACCGCACUCAAUAGAUGACAACGUCAUAGGCGCAACAGGGGACGACAGCCCACUGGGUGUGAACCGACAAGAAAUUCACGCUGCGACAGAACAAGACUUCGGAACUAUCAAAGAUACUGGCGGUGAUGAUCAUGAGUCUUGCAAGUCUGGAAGUGGCGGCAAGAAACGCAGCAAACUUCUCGGUAUCGUCAAACCGAUUGCUCAAGCAGCUACAAAGACACUUAUAGGCGUCGACAAAGUGCGUGCCAAAACGGGGUCCGAGACAGCCAAGAACCGUCUUGGAGCUACAUCACCAAGAGAAGAGCCUCCCAUUGCAGGGCCAGUGGAAUUUACAUGUCGAUGGCGCGGCGAGAGAGGAUUCGCAUAUCUCACCACCGACACUGCAGCACCAGCUUUGUGCUUUUCCAAGAAGUCUUCUGUGGGCUAUUUGGAUAGCCCACAGUAUCAAGAGGUGCAGCCAGAGUGGAUUAUACCAGUUGCAGAUAUUGUGACAUUGAAUAAAUAUUCUGGCUACGGAGCAAAGGCGAAACUCCUUGCUGGAUGGGCCUUGGAGGAUGAUAUUGUUGAUGGAGUCGAGAUUGUCGAUGACAAGGGAAAUGCUGUUCUUGUCACUGCUAUGGUUAGGAGGGACGAGUUGUUUAAUAGGCUUUGUGCUAUCGGGGACCAGAAGUGGGAGAUAUGGUAG